CAGCUUCGAUGGGCUGCUGAUGGCUUCCUAUUUUUCCCCGCCCUUCUCCAUGGAAUAAGAAAUGUGGUCAAUAAAUCUGCUUUCUGGCGUGCCUGUGGCUGCGCCAACGCUUUGCACGGUGGGUGUACGGUGCACCUAUGCCGUAGGGUGUAAGCUUGGAAAUAAACAUCGUACGUAUCUUGGGGGGAGGACUCUACGCAAACAAUAUCUAUUGUGCUGUCGUGUUGUUUGUCCUUAUUGGCCGUUGGCUGUGAGUGUCAGCUCUGGGCUUAUCAUCGGUGGCUGGCUGGCUGGGUAGUGGAUAUACUGGGCAAUUUUGAUCCGGUUCGGUGCCUCGUUGGAGGUGAUAUGAUCAGGUUGGAAGUGUAGACAGGCAAGCUUUGUGAAUAUAGUGAGUAACUUUGGCGAGAGUAGGCUGGUGAGAUAUGUACCUCGCUCAGGGUU